AUGGGCCAUAUUGUUCACCCAAAACGGAAAACAAAGGCAAUGCAUAACAUUUUACUCCACGAACGUCGUCGACUCUCAGCGCGACAGAUGCUUGGUGCUUGCAUAAUGACCGGAAUGCCAUAUACAAAAGGUGCUCGCUUUCUUUCUCUUUGUGGAACUAAGCCCCCUGUGAAGAGUGGUGUCAUGAGACAACAGAGAUUUUGUGACGAUAAGAUUAGAAGACUUAAAAGUAUUUCUCUAAUGCUGUCGAGAAAGUCCUUCAGUGGUUACUUAUCCAUUGAUGCAAGAUGGACGCACAGGCGAAACUCGCCAAGUUGUACAAUAACUGCGCUCGAUGCUGUCACAAAAAGAGUUCUUGCAUGCGUGAACAUCAACCAUAUUGGUGGAAACAGACAGCAUGCUCAGUAUUCCGGAGCUUCCAACAAUAUGGAAAGUGCUGGAACUCGAAUCAUCUUGAAGCAAUUAAAGAAAUACAAUAUCUUGAAAGAUGUUAAAGAGAUUAUUAAAGACCGAGAUAACAAAAGUGUCUCUGUCUUUAAAGAAUUUGAGUUAGUAUCCCUAUCUUGGGUACGGCGGCACUGCGUUCCACCUUACCCAAGAUAA